UGCAUCAUUGGAUGAGAUGGCUAACAAGUGGUUAGCAGCGGUUAGCUGGUAUUUCGCUUCCUUUUUAGCGUAGUUCAUGUGUAACAAGUUAAGUGUUUUGACGUCUCCAGGCGGAAUGAUUUGGGUGAGACGCAUAAAUCUGAACAUUAUCGUAUUUCUUACGGAUCUAUGUAAAGUUGUUGCCACUUAAGGGUUCAUAUUAUAUGUAACCUUAGUUAGCUAACUAGUAGCAAGCCUAAGACACUACGCUGUAUUUAUCUGCUUGGGAUGAAUGUAUUGAUAAUUUUCUUUUUAGGAGUUAAAGGGAAAAAAUAACAUAAAUACGUAAUUGCGGGACAACAAUAGAGCAAUAACAUGCCAGUUAAAGUCUUAAAAACCCAUGUAACUCUCGUUUGAGCAUCCAGCGAUAGAUGAACAAUUAAUACUAAGUCUGGAAAGUCACAUGCACAGCUGUGCUUAUCUUUCAACUAUGCCGGAUGACUCGUCUUCUAUUUCCACCAGAGAGUUAAAGAAGUUAAACAAAAUGGCUUGACCGUGCACUCAGUUUGUAGGUAAGUGUAGGAGCGACUCUGAACAAUAGAAUUGUUAGUUUUUUGAACUGUUCGCCAUGGCAAGUGCCUUAGCAGCAAAAAUGGGAUUUAACUCGCUGAUGAGAAAACAAGCGAAGACCUUCAACGUCAGGAUCUCAACAAUGGAGUCAGACCUGGAGUUCAGCUGCGAGGUCAAGUGGAAAGGAAAAGACCUUUUUGACUUGGUGUGCCGAACUCUUGGACUGAGAGAGACAUGGUUCUUUGGCCUCCGGUAUAACAUCAAGGACACAGUUGCAUGGCUUAAAAUGGACAAAAAGGUUCUAGAUCAGGAGGUGCCAAAAGAAGAACCCAUCAUCUUUCACUUCCUGGCCAAGUUUUACCCUGAAAAUGCAGAGGAGGAGCUAGUGCAGGAUAUCACACAACAUCUCUUCUUUCUACAAGUGAAAAAGAAGAUCCUUGAGGAAGAGAUUCAUUGUCCCCCUGAGGCGUCUGUGCUGUUGGCCUCCUAUGCUGUCCAUGCUGAGUACGGAGAUUAUGACCCUGCUGUUCACAAGCCUGGCUUCUUGGCUGAGGAGGAACUGCUGCCAAAGAGGGUGAUUAACUUGUACCAGAUGACUCCAGAAAUGUGGGAGGAAAGGAUCACAGCAUGUUAUGCAGAGCACAGGGGUAGGACUAGGGAUGAAGCUGAGAUGGAGUAUUUAAAAAUAGCUCAGGACCUGGACAUGUAUGGCGUGAAUUACUUUUUAAUCAGGAAUAAAAAGGGAACAGAUCUUCUUCUGGGAGUAGAUGCCCUGGGGCUGCACAUAUACGAGCCAGACAACAAGCUGACACCCAAGUGCUCCUUUCCUUGGAAUGAGAUUCGCAAUAUCUCAUACAGCGACAAAGAGUUUACAAUCAAACCUCUGGACAAGAAAGCCAAUGUUUUCAAGUUCAACUCUUCACGGCUAAGAGUCAACAAGCUGAUCCUCCAGCUAUGCAUUGGGAACCACGACCUGUUUAUGCGCCGGCGGCGGGUGGACUCACUUGAAGUACAGCAGAUGAAGGCUCAGGCCAGAGAAGAGAGGGCGAGAAAACAGGUAGAAAGACAACGUCUGCAAAGGGAGAAACAGCUGCGGGAGGAAGCGGAGAGAGCCAGGGAUGAAUUGGAGAGGAGACUAAUUCAGCUGCAGGAUGAAGCUGACAUGGCCAAUGAGGCACUGCUGCGUUCGGAGCAGACGGCGGACCUGCUGGCUGAAAAGGCCCAGAUCGCAGAGGAGGAGGCCAAGCUGCUGGCCCAGAAAGCCGCCGAGGCUGAGACAGAGAUGCAGCGUAUCAAAGUGACUGCCAUCCGUGGCCAGGAAGAGCGGCGACUCAUGGAACAGAAGAUGCUGGAGGCAAAGAUGGUAGCCCUCAAGAUGGCCGAGGAGUCAGAAAGGAGGGCCAAGGAGGCUGAGCAGCUGAAACAGGACCUGCUGGAAGCCAGGGAUUCUGAGCGCAGAGCAAAAAACAAGCUGCUGGAGAUUACCAGCAAGGCUGUCUAUAUGUCUCCAGGACUGGCACCUGACAGCAUGCCUCAAGAUGUCAGCUUCAGUAGAGAGAACCUCAGUUUUGACUUUAAAGAUACUGACAUGAAACGUCUAUCCAUGGAGAUCGAGAAGGAGAAGGUUGAGUACAUGGAGAAGAGCAAGCACCUGCAGGAACAGCUGAAUGAGCUGAAGACGGAGAUUGAAAGUCUGAAGCUGAAAGAGAGGGAGACUCCUCUAGACAUCAUUCACAAUCAGAACACAGAACAGGGGACCAGCAAGCACAGCAACUUUAAAAAGCUUACACUACAGAGCACCAAGUCCAGGGUUGCCUUCUUUGAGGAACUUUAAACAACAGAGCUGCAGAGAUGAGGAUGAACAACUGCCAAGAACCUCUUCUAUAUGCACUCCUGGUCAGUUGAAAAGACAGAUCACCCUGCAAGGCUUUAUGGUUUUCUUCCUCCUGAAAAACACUGUGGACAAAAAAAAAACAAAACAAAAACAUGCCCACUGCCUUAAUCUGCACCAAAUCUUGGUGCCUUGUGUAUGCACAAAUAAGAAUGCAUGCCUGUUCCUGCACUAAAUCUUAAAUUCAUUCUUAAAAUGAGUGCUUGUUUACAGUGAGAGUGUGUUUCAUACAGCACAAGCUCCAGGAAUGUUUUGAAGUGAACUUGUGUGUGGGAUUUGUUAUUGUCAGAGAAUAAGCAUUGACAGUGAAAAAGGGAGGGAAACAGUACUGUGGUGCUUAAAUUGGUUAUUAUAUCUUGUCCAGCUCUGUAUUAUCUGAUUGCAGAGCUGUUUCAUAAUUCAAGAAGAAAUUAACGUGAACAGAUCUGAGCAAGAGAGGUGAUCAUUAUAUAUCAAUCCCACUUUGAAGCAAAUGUUUAAUAUUUAGUGUUGUAAACAACAACUCAUCUUAAACUUCCCGCUGCUUCAACCAUUUCUUAUAGUCAACUUUACUGAUAAUCCUGAUGGAUUCCACCUUUGGAAUUGAA